UCAUGGCUUCCUGCGAGCGAAGACCAAGUCGAAGUCUCGUGGUAGCUCCCAAGCUCGUCGAGAGGGUGAGACAGAGAGAGACUGGGAAGCAUCUUCGCCAGUGCAUUGACUCUUCACGUCAACUGCGAAGCAAUCACCUCAAUUGUACACCACCUUACUCGAUCCUUCUGAGAUCUUUUCCUACUCCCUGGAAUCUCUGCCUCUUUUCCUCCCUGCUUGUGGCUGUCUUGUCUUUGUGCCUGUGGGGUGCUUUUUGUUUGCAUCUCUUUUGUUCUUUUCCGGAUCAAAUAUGCUGCUGCACUCCCACAAGUUGUCGGGCCUCAAGACCAAGAAGGUACUGUUUGAAGAGAAUUUCCCUGCACUUGAUUCUGGCACAUUGGAAUACUUAAAAGAUUUGAGUUCCAGAAGGAAAGCACUUGAAGAAUCUAUAAAUGGAACUAGUUUCACCUCGGAGGUUAUUCAAAGGGAGAUGUCUGGAGGGCUCACUUCUCAAUGCCAAAGGGACUUACAAAAGUUGGAGCUCUAUUUGCCUUUGCUGGAGAACCUAAUAUUGCAACUUGACAAGAUUGAAAACAAGAAUCGGGUCUUUCGAUGGACAUCAGAGCUUAGGUUACGGUGGUCUAGUGCGAUCAACGCGUCUUCUAUGCUCAAUCUUGGGACUCCUAAAUUUUUCCAGAUCAAUGAUCUAAGGUUCGAGCUUGGGAUGGUUCUCUUCCUUUAUGGUGCACUUUUGCGGGAGAGAGCCCUUGAGAUUAUUAUGUCGCAGGAUCUUGCAGAGUCUUGUACACUUUUCAGGAAAGCAGCUGGAGUUUACAACUAUCUGGCCGAGGAUGUGCUUCCUGUUCUGCAGCCUCUUCUUCCUCGCGAAAGACCCAUAGAGGUUAUGACAUCUAUGUCUAAUGUCAUGAAACUUAUUUGCCUUGCUGAAGCACAGGCUGUGACAACAAAUAGAGCUGAACAAAGGGCAAGCAGCCAAAACCUCCUCACUAAACUACAGUACGGUGUAACUCAGUUCCUUCUUGAGGCUAGAUACAUCAUGAAAUCAGAUGUGGACCUGUACAAUGUGUCAAAUCGGCUUGUUGACUUCAUUUCCCUGAACUGCCUACUGCACCAGGCAAGAGGUCAAAAGCAUGUUGCAAUUGAACUGUAUGAAGAAGGGAAGAUUGGUCUUGCAAUAGGAGUGCUGCGUGAUGCUGUCAGCAACAUGAGUGGAAGAUCACCUAGCAAUGAGUCUUGGCAUGCAGUUUUUAGUGAAGAGAAGAGUGCACUUAGAGUAAUCUUGAAAAGAUACGAAGAUGAGAAUGGGUUUAUAUACCUUGAGAGGAUCCCUGAUGCGUAUGAGCUGCCAAGUUUGGAGGGGAAGAGAAUCGUAGAGGCCAUUCCUUAUGCUCCAAAGAGAUUAGGAAGAGAGCUCAUGUUCAGGAUCUGACAAGCAAAGGCUGGAUCAAAAUAAAUUGUUCAUAUGGUGUGGAAGAAUCCUAAUGGCCUGUCAGUUUGCGAGGGAAGAAGAUUGUGAAUGGUGUUUCUAUAUGGUAAUGCAUGUGGAGUUCGUCUUAUGAUCUACUCAUCAAGGUUUUCUCACAUGAAAGCACAAGUUUAUUUCUCAAAUCCUUGCAGGAGGCUGUCAAUAUUCCAGUUGGCUUUGCCUACAAAAGUUAAACAGGAGUGCUCAGUUUGCACUUUAGGUCGGCUUCCUGAGCUCCUGUGAUUUGGUCUUCAUUGAGUGAACACAAAUUCAAAGGGCAACUUAGUUUGCAAGAUGAAGUGUGAUUAACUGAAAUAGAAGCAGGUCAAUCCAUCUCAACUUCCAUUCUGGCUGCUUAAAACUGAGUUCCGGACAGGAGUUUCUAAAUGUAAAAAAUUUGGCUAUAGCAGGUGUCAAACCCUUUCCUCUUGUUAUUUUGUCAAUUUUUUGAGUCUUCUGUUCUUUUCCUUGUGGAUAUGGGCAGACCUGCACUUACACAUGUGCACAAGCAUGUGUUCGUCUGUGAGUGUGUGUGUGUGUAUAUAUAUGCAUGAGUGUGUGUAUGCGAGCAUACAUGAAAAUAGAAAACAUAUAAAUGUUGCUGUACUUGUAUAUACCUUCUUACAUGAAAAUAGAGAAACAUAUAAAUGUUGCUGUACCUGUA